AUGAGUCUAUGCGACGCCAUGGUUGUUAUUUCAGGGUGCGACAGCGGCUUUGGAUAUUAUCUGGUCAAAAGCCUUUCCCGCAUAGGUUUCUUUGUGUUUGCCGGCUGCCUGGACGCCAAUAGCGAUGGAGCCAACGACCUGAGGACGCUCGACAACGUCAAAGUUCUGCAGAUGGAUAUCAGCAGCGAAGAGCAAGUCAACGACGCCGUAGCGACCAUCAAAGUAGGGUUGGGCUCCAAAGUGCUCUGGGCGGUCGUCUGCAACGCGGGUAUGCGAAACGAAGGACUACUCGAAUGGAUUCCCAUGGAUGCCCUGAAGAGAGUAAUCGACGUCAACAUCAUCGGCAACUGCCGAGUCAGUAAAGCGUUCUUGCCGGUACUCAGAAAAGCAAGAGGACGCCUUGUGGUCGUCACAAGCUCUUUCGGUUACGUAACCAUGCCGAUGGCAACUCCAUACUCGAUGACAAAGCACGCUCUUGUGUCCAUGGUCGAUGGACUUCGCCGGGAGUGCUAUGGCAAGGGAGUCGACAUCAUCUCGGUUAUGCCUCAAGCUUACAAGUCAUGCCUGGUCGGGUCUCCGUGCACCUGCUGCUCUUCGCCAACGCCCGAGAACUCGCUGGCACUGCAGAAGUUUCGCUAA